GAGGAGGGCCUGCAUCAGCCAAUGGGUCCAGAUGCCUUUGAUGAGCCACAUCAACAACCUGACAGCAGACAUUAUGGCUCAGAGGGACCAGGCUUUCAUUUAAGAGAGCGUCCAAACAUCCCAACUAAGCCAAACCUUGAUUUGCGGCCACGCUAUGGUAAACCCAUCAUAAAAGAUAGGAAUCAAGUGAAAGACAUUAGCUCUGACCUGGGUCCCACAAGUACUGACACAUUAAAGCCAGCCAUUUCAGCUUCAUCACUAGCAUCUUCAACAGACAAUGAGAAGGAGCCAGAACUGAGGGAACCCAGGGAAAUCAGCAUUACCAAGCAUGAGUCUUUCCGAUCUCGAAUUAACCCAAUGCUGCAAAGGAGCUCAAGACUAAGGUCUUCUUUAAUCUUCAGCUCCUCAAAGCUGGAGCAACACAGCUCCUCGCAAGCUAAGUCUGGUGGGGAGUUACAAGAGGAGAAAGAUGAGAGUGAGCCUAUUCGAUACUCAUCUAUUGUAGCAGAGCUUCUGGAGAAGAGGAGGUCGCUGUCAAGAGAGCCGUUUGACUGGAAUAAGCAUAAAAAAGCAGAAGAAAAAGAGGUUAUAAAUGCAUCAACAGGAGAUCUGACUACGAUCACAGAUGCCAAAGAGGAGCCUAUCAAAGAAAAGGAGAAACCUGAGAAACCUGACAACCCUGAACCUGAGGACAAUGAAGUUACACAGCCAACAGAGCCUUUGCGAUCUCAGCAAACAACUUCUUCCCUAAACAUAAAUGAUCCAGCAAGCAGACUUCAGUACUUCAAAGAUUUGGAAGAAAAGAGAAAGAACUCAAAAUUAGAGUUAGAUUUGGGUACUAAAAGUCGAGAAACAGCCAUGAAAAAGCCAAACCUCACUGAUACAGCAACCACAGGUCCAAAUGUGCUUGUUACAUCAGUGGAGUCCUCUGUAAAGAUACAAGAGCCAACGAUUACGCUUUCAGAUCCUGUACCACAGCGCUUGGUGAUUGCAACAAAACCAUCUGAAGUCUGUGUGGACAGGCCGCUCACGAACAGCAAAACUCUGACGGAGAGCACAGCUGAUGCAGCAAAGAAAGAGCCAGCUAAGGAACCAACAAAGUCACUUCGGCCUUUCCCAUCACCCAAGUUCUUAAAACCAUUCAAAGCCUCUCAAUCUUCUCAUCGUCGAAUCUCAUGCGGCGAAGAUAUUCUUACGGAUGCAACAGAUGCUGAAAAGAGUGAGCUUAAGAAGUCUCGCAGCUUCAGCUCAUCGGGCAUCACCCGUGCAGAGUCCAAAGAAAGCCUGAGCUCCCUAAACCUUGGGAACUCUGAUGGCAAAGAUACAAAGGCCCUUGAUUUCCUCAAGAAACAAACACAGAGAUUAAAGGGUUUCCUUGGGCCAAAGGGAGAAAAGAAGCACUCAGGAGUUUCCAACUCUCAAGAGGACAAGUCAAUGAAAACAGUCCCUGAGAUCCAAGAGGAGCCCUCAGACAAAGAGAAACCAUCUGAAUCCAUAUCAUCUUCAACCAUAGUAGAGAACAACAAACCCAAUGUUAAACCAACUCCAUCACGCUAUCAGUCCUCUACCUCAAAUGUGAUAUUUAGCAGCAACCUCAGGGAUGAUACCAAGGUGAUCCUAGAGCAAAUCUCUGCAAAUAGCCAGAAAAAUAGACAGAAGACUGAAGAGUCUGGGAAAGUCGAGGGGGGCAAGGAAGAAGAAGUUUCCAAUUCAUCCUUCCAAUUUCAAAACCGGAACCGGUUCAGCCGAACUCCAGUCAACCCACAGGAGAGGGACAAUCUGCUGAAGAGAAUAGAGAGCAUGCGCAAAGAAAAGAAAGUCUACAGUCGUUUCGAGAUGGGGAAUAACCUGGGAUAAAAAUGGAUGAAGGGGCCAAUAUUCCUCACAGAGAACUGUAAAGAGAACCUGAAACCAUUCUAAAAAAAGUACCAAACAUCCCCAAUACUCCUGUGAACAGACACGGAGAAGCAAGCAAGUUGCUUCAGAUAUAAGUGUCUGCUAAAUGACUAGUAAUCUACAGUGCAUGGUCCAUGGAUCUCAUAUAAACAGUCCACGAACAUAGCACAACCUAAAAUAUGAGGAUUCUUGAUGCAGCAGAAGGAAUAUUCCUCGCUCUGUGCCAAUCUGAGCCCACAGAUGAUUCACUUUGCCCUUAUAAGGUAUCAGGGCAUACCUCUUAACAGUAAUCACACACCAUCCCUACAGAACAUAAAAACACAAUUCAGGCCAAAGGAGGGUUCGAACUUCAAGAGGCCUUUCUCAGCUUUUUCUUUUUCUGCUGGACCUUUUAAGUUCUAUAAGAUGUAUAUGUACAAGUGUGCACAAUUUCCAAUGGAAAUUAACGUGUCUGGGCAGAAGCUGAGAUAUGCUACUCUGAAGGCACCAAAACACACCCUCUUUAAAGUACACCACACAAAUGCCCCAGGACACGUCAUGCUGAAAUUAUGCUUUGGUGCUGAAUGCGCCAAUGGAUCACUGGCAUAAAGGAAACCAGAGAUGGUUGGUAGACAACGCCACUUUUGAAGGCAAAGAACAGAAAACUGUGGAACCUGAAACUGUCAAGAGAUGACUGGAAAGUAUGUAAGGGAUGUUAUUAAAAAGAAAGGAGGCCUGUUCAUUCAUCUUUCCUCUAUCAACAGUGAGCUAUCAAGAAAGUGGCCUGAAUGUCGAGAAAGUGAUGUGAGGUGUGGAUUUGAAUUAAUUGUUUUUCACCGGCAAUCAGAACUUGCAGGACAAUGGUUUCAGACAUACUAUACCUGUACAUUCCUGCAUGAACUGUGUUGUCAGGAAAAACUGUAAAACAUUAGGUUGAUAAAGAUAUUCUCAGGACUGAGCUUUAGCCUGUAUUUUGUCAAUGCAAAAUUUAAUUAAGACAGAACGGUAUUACUGAACACCAAAGAUUUUCCAGAAUGCUCUCUGGAUGUGUCAUAGGACUGAUUUAUGGAAACUGGAAGCUGAUCUAAUGAGAAAUAUCUGAUCUAGAAGUGUGAUGGAACUGAAUUUUGAUAAGAGUGUCAUCAGUACAUUUUUUUUUAUAUAAAUGCAAAUCCUGGGGAAUUUAGACUUGUUUACAAACUUUUUUUAUUGUGUCUUACACAUUCUAAAUAAAUGGUUUAAGAAACUUUCA